AUGAGUAGUGGGACUUCUUUGAUUGAUGUUAGCUUACAGAAUGAAGUUGGUUCUCAUAUUAAGCUGCAGGCAAGUUUAUCAGCUAAAGAUAAUGAAGCAAUAACAUUAUUUGAGAAAGGAAUUGAGAAAGAGUCUCAUGGAUCUAUGUCGGAUGCAGUGGAAUUCUACAGAAAGGCCUUUCGGAUAAAUGAAAAAGUGGAUUUGUUAUAUAGGACUAAACGAGUACCUCAUAAUGUUUACAAAUUGAAACAAGAAGGGGGCAAAAAUAUUGCUAAACGAGUAGAUGAAGCUAGGGUGCGAUCCAUUGAUGUUGAUGCAUUACUUGAAUCAUUUGCUAACGCUGAAGCUCAUGCACCAGAUCCAUUCAAUCCAGAGCAUCAGCAAGAUGAAAUGGUGACCAUUAAGUUUGAAAAUUUAGACUUGAAUGAGGAUUCUAUGAAGAAUAUACAACCAAUUUCGCCAUUAAUGCAUUUACCAAACGAUAUAUGGAUGCAUAUAUUUGAAAUACUUCUAACAACGAAUCCAGAAUCAUGGUUUAAUUUUUCAAUAACAUGUAAAAAGAACGCAUAUCUUGGUUUGGGGUCAAAAAAUAUUUGGAGAAAGUUAUGCUAUUUGAUUUAUCCACAACAGGUUUAUUAUGAAAAUAAGUUGUACUUGGAGUCAAUGCAGACGUUAGAUAUGCCUAAAGAUCUUUCGUUACCUGUGCCACAUGAUCAGUUGUCGAUUUUACCCCAAUAUCAAAACUCUUGGAAGUACAUGUUACGUAACAGGCCAUUUGUCAAGUUUUAUGGCUGCUACAUAAGUGUCGUCAACUACUAUAGCGAAGGGGGAAAGGCAGAAUUUUCUAGUAGUUGGUCUAAUCCUGUCAAGACCAUUACGUACUACAGAUACAUACGGUUUUAUCCCGAUGGAACAUGCGUCAAGGUUCUAUCGACGUUGGAGCCUAACAAAGUAAUUCCAAACUUACUGAAAUACAACACACAAAAGAGUCUUAUUCCAACUGUUGCAGAUCCAAGAGCUAAAACAGUAUUGGCAAAUGCCCCAGUUCCUACGAAAGAGAGCCAUAAUAUAUAUCAUGGAAAGUGGACUAUGUCAACUACCGGCGAGAUCCACAUUGAAAUAAAUGAAGGUUCUGUUCCAUAUUACAACUUCCAUUAUCAUUUCCAGAUUAAAUCAUUGGGUGGUAUAUUCAAACAUAGCAAGCUAAAUUGGAUAACAUAUUACGCUAUCCGUAAAAAAAUGAGUCCAAACGAUGAUAGAGAGGGCGAGCAAACGGAAUUCCCUCUCAAGAACGAAAAGGCAUUUAAGUUUCUGAAAGUUAGAAGCUACAAAGUUGACAAUUAG